AUGUUCUCCCUGCUGUCCCUCCCCUCCUGGCUCCCCAGCCUCCCCUCCCUUGAGUGGGGCUCCGGCCUCCUCGACGCCCUCCUGCAAGGCCUCGUCGGGGCCUGCGGAGUCUCCGUCCUGAACAACCUCCUGAAGGUCUACUUCUUCGUGGGCUGUACCAAUGACCCGGAGCGGCAGCUUGAAAAGGAGCGGCUGCGGGCCCAGUGGGCCUCGCUGGAGACCGUGCACCUGGCAGGGCUGGCCCUGAUCCUGACCGUCGUGGGGGUCCGGGUGGCCGCCCUCGUGGUGCUCGAGUUCUCCCUCCGGGCUGUCUCCAUGCUGCUUUCCCUGGACAAGGGCACCCGGGGCACCGAGAGGCUGCAGCUGUACCUACUGUGCCAGUACUCGCUGGGCUGCGGGCUGACCUGCAGCCUGAGCUUCCUGCAGGAGGGCGCCCCGCACCGCACGCUGAACCUGCUGCUGGGCCUGGGGCUGGCCGCGCUGCUCCGCUCGGGCACCCGGCGCCUCCGCCACCACGUCUGCCAGCUCUAUGAGCUGCACAGCAGCCAACGCUACUGUGGGGUCUGCCUGGGCCUGCUGACUGGCGCUCACGGCCUCCCCCGGCUGCUGGGCCGCGCCCUGGCGUUGACCUUUGCAGUGGGCAACAUGGCAGCCGUGGCCCUCCUCAACCGGGACUUCCUGACCACCUCGGAGGCUGUGCGCUUCUGGAUGCCGCUCGCCAUCUGCUACACCCUGCUGGUCAUCUACAUGCAGGAGGAGCAGCAGCGGCAUCCCGGCCUGCAGAGCCAGGUCCAGACGGUGCUGGUACGCAUGUGCGGCCUCUUUCUGCUGUUGCUGACCGUGGGCCGUUGGCUGGACCUCGUGGGCAUCCUCUCCUCCCUGCUGGGCGAGUUCUGGUGCCUGCUGGGCACCCGCACCCUGUUUGAUCUUUGCCAGAUACAGGAUUUUCCAUCCCAGAGGCCUUCCUCGUCAGCUCCAAGCCAGCCCCAGCCCUUGGCACCUGCCCAGCCGCAGGGGACGGCCCCCUCCUGA